UCUUUUUGUCUCAAUCUAAAUUAAUUGUUUACCAUUUUUGAUUGAUUAAUUUAAUUUCUUCCGGUUUACUGCUUGUUAUACAUGUAUUUAUAUAUUUGUGAUUUAUGUCUUUCAUGAGUGAUGGUUAGCUUCAUUGAAAGAAAGGCGAGAUGGCCUGGUGGCAAGAUAUCGGUAUUUUUUACUCUCAUCUGCAAGAUCAUCUCAAUCCCAGUCUUGUGUUUACCAUAUUAAUUUUAGAAACUGUAUCAUCAUCAACAUCAUCACAACCAACAUUAUAAUCAACAUCAUCAUCACUUUUUAAUCUCUUGAUCAACCUCAUGUUUCAGGAAAAUCGAAUCUUUUUGAAUGAUGAACAAGAAACAAGUCAACAUCUGAUUUCUUUAAUACAAGUGAAACAAAAAUUUCCUUUUGUACAUAACAGUGUUUAACAAUUGAAAUGCAACUUCAGGUUAACCUGAGCCGGAGCAAGAAAAAAAUGGAUCCAACAAUUUGAUAAAUUAUCGAUGGGUUUAACUACAAUUAAAAAUAACAAUCAACUAAUCAAGAAAUUAUCCCAUAAGAAAAUGGUUUCAAAUGGAUUUACCAGAAGAGAAAAAAUUGCAACAAGUUGCUUCAAAAUUUCGGAAAAGUGAUCUAUUUCAACGUAUUAUUGGAAAUUUGUUAAUUCACUGAUUCACUGGAUAACAAUAACCAAACCAACAAUUAACCAGGAAAACGAAACUAAAUUCACAAGGAACCAUGAAAAUGAUAAUAGUUGCUUUAUUUGUGGCAGUCACUUUCUGCUCAUCAUCAGCUACAACAGCUUCAUCCGCAUCUUCAACGGAAAAAUUGGCCACUGCCGCUGAUUCCUCCUACGGAUCCCGUUCAUAUGAGCCCGCUGGUUAUAAAUCAGCAGUUGUUGGAACCAGCUACUCGAUUGGCUCUUCAUCUGCAUCACCUGCGUCCUCCUCUUCCUACUCUAGUCCACCAUCUUCAUCAUCCGACUCGGAACCCUACAUAAUCACCUCUCGUCGCAACUAUCCAGAUGAACCCGAUGUAGUAAAGGGUCGAUAUGCAGCUCCAGCUCCAUCCGCAGCAUCAGCACCACCACCACCACCACCCGACUCUUACUAUCCACCAACACCUAAAAAGUAUUAUCCAUCCGAGUAUGAGAAGCCAAGUGCCUACGGUUACGGUCCAUCGUCAUCACCCUCAUACUACAAGCCAGCUUCAACCUAUGAGCAAGACUAUGUCCCAUCAUCCAAGCCUGCUUACAAUGAUGAAUACACUAAACCCUCUUACGGUCCUUCACCCAAAUCCUAUUCCUACUCAGGCUGGAAACCCUCUUACCCAUCAACUAGUUCAUCUUACACACCAAGCUCCUACGAUUAUCCUAAACAUUAUCCAAAAUACUCUUCCUACUCUUCCUACUCUUCACCCUCCUCUGCCUCCUAUGAAGACGGCUAUCGAUCAGGUUACUCCGGUUAUGCUAAACCCUCUUCCUACCCUUCCUCACGAAGCUACAAGUACCCUGCACCAACAUCAAGCUCAUACGCACCCAAACCUACCAGUUACACUGCCCCUGCAUCACCCUAUGGUUACGGAGUUCCCUCAUCUUACGGAUCCUCAACAUCUUCAUACUCACCUGAACCUGCAUCAUACGGUCCAUCAUCCCAAUCUUCAUAUGAAACUGAUAGACGACCCUAUGGACGAUCCUAUGAUAGAUACUAUCCCGCUUCAGCUCCUUCAUACGGUUCCGAUGAACGUUAUGAAUCACCUCGAUCAUCUUACGGACGAUACUAGAAGUUGACUUUUCCUGUUUUUCAUUCCAAAUAAACACUUUUUUUGCGACAAAAUCCAUCAUCCAUUACAAACCUCAUUGUCCAUCACCAUCAUCACCUCAACUCUUUUUUUUCAUUUACUUUUAAUAUUUAAUCAGCAUCACCUCCACCAUCACCAUCAUCAUCUCAUCUUCAUCAAGUGUAGAUACAAAAAAAACAAAAUUAAGAUUAUUCCAAAUCUUCAUGACAAUCAUCAUUUGUAUACUCUAAAAGUCAUCAUUUUGUUAACCUUUUUUUGUUCAAGCAAACCUUUU